GUCGGGCGCUUAAUGACCCUGCAAAGAUACCGUACUUGAGCAACGGGCUGCAGUCAGGAUUUAGUUUGUUUUUUUCAGAACCUGAGAGCUAAGGUUACAUACUGUGCGUGGUCUUUCAAAGCAAACAUCACAGAGGAGGACUGCUCUGUUUCGCCAGUGGUUUGUGCUCUUUACCGUUUUAAAUUCAGUGUACAUUGGGAUGGAAAGCAAACGUUGAUUGGUGUGACAAUAAGCAUUGAUUUAAAAGGUGACAUCUUGAUGGUUUGAGCACAUACCCUGCACUAUGGGGAAGAGAUACUACUGUGACUACUGUGACCGGUCCUUUCAGGACAACAUGCAUAACAGGAAGAAACAUCUGAAUGGUGUUCAGCAUCACAGAGCCAAAAAGGCCUGGUACGACCAUUUUAGAGACUCUUCAGCCAUUCUGUAUGAUGAGCAAAUAAAGAAACCUUGCAGGAAAUUUCUCCAAAAAGGAAUUUGUGAUUUUGGCCCUAACUGCAGGUUUUCUCACAUGUCUGAAGAGGAUCUGUUUAACUUAAAAAGACAGGUGGAAGAUGAAAGAACGCUCAGAGAGGACGCUGUAGACAGAAUUAUGCCAGGGCGAAGUAUAGAAGAAUGGCUCUCUAGAAGAGAAAAGAAGCGAACUGCCCUCAGCACCAAAGGAGAUCUAAAAGAAAAGGAAGACAGCGAAGAGGGCCAAGCAGAAAGUGACAUACCUCGACAGCUCCUCUCCAUUCCUGACCUUCCACCCUCUCUUCUACCUCCUCCUCCAGGUGGAUGGAAAGUCAAAGUGAACACAGAAUGGGGCUGAAAAAUAUUCACUUUGUGGUUCAAAUCACUGUUAAGUGGAUAUGUGACAUUAAUAGUAGGAGGGAUGGUACAGAAUACAAAUGUUAUUAAGAGUGUUAUUAUGGUGUCAGGUUCGUAUUUAAAGUAACUAGGUUUGUCAGUUUGAAAUGAGGUUUUCAAUUGAUACUAAAAAGCUGUUCGUUGCCAUUUCUCAUUUUAAAUAUAAGAAUAAAAUACAUAUUUUGUAUGCCUUACUGUACAGGUCAUGUUUGUUUUAUUUAGAAACAUUAUUAAGUUAUUACAUUUUACUUAAGAUGUCAAGUUUCUUGUGUAAGAAUUAAAUUUAAGAGUAAAAAGCAGCUGAUUUAAAAUGAGUAAAGGUUUGUAUUUACAUAAAACACAGAAAGGUAAAUCUGAGAUUUACUAUUUCUGUACAGGCAAUUCAAAAAUAACCCUCAUAAUUGACAUUUUGGCAGUGUGUUGUUGAUUUCUCCACCAAUCUGGAGUAGAGUGCCUUUACAGUGAGACUCCUCUAAGGAGUUACAUUUGAUGUCACGUUAGUCCCAAAAGGAAUGGAGGAUUGCUGAGUAGAUGGAAAUAAGUUUUUUGUCUUAUUUUAAUCCUGUGCUGCGUCACCGGGGGAAUCACUGAUCUGACUAUUUCUAACCAGCCACUGGAAAACACUAUUUUACUUCCUAAAUAGUAAAAAUGGCAAACUAAUGAUCUGGAUUAAAUUUCAUAAUGAAAGUUUUCAUUGUUGGAAAGUUUGUUAAUACAUCUUCAACUAGCCUCAUGAGGAUCCCAUGGAUUUGUGAUUACUGUAUUUAUAAUCGUCAUUGGCCUUUUAAAAUCCUCAAUUAGGUUAUUCCUUUUAACUGGGGUUAUGCUGAGAUGUAUAGACUUUCAACUGUUUCCACAUCGGUUGUACACCUAAUGCAGUGUUUACGUCAGAAUCCCCCAUUAAAUUGUGUUUUUUCUGUUUUAUACCAUUAAAUUGUGUUUUUUCUGUUUUA